AUGGGAGCGCAGGUGCCAGCUGGCCGGACGAGGAGGAGCGCGGCGUCGGAUGUCAACCCCGGCCAUGCCGCCGGCCAGGGGAUGGGUGAGCCUGCCUGCGCUGCUGAAGAUGCGGCGCCGCAGACCACGGAGCAGCCUGCGGCUGCAGCUGUGCCUGUGAGCACCGAGGAGCCCCCUGCCGCGGCACCGACCACGGCGAGCAGCCCGGCCAGGGCUGAGGAGGCUACAGGGGCACCACCCCCAGCGAACACCACAGAAAGGGAGGGGAGAGCCCCAACCCCUCCUCCCGCCGAGCAGAGCGAAGUCCCCACGCCGCCCUGA